AUGUUGAAGGGCUCCAUAUGUCUUGCUCAUCGACUCUGCUUCUUUCAUGUGGACGAAAAAUCGUCUAAUGAAGGAAGAAACCUGCGUUGUGCACUGCUUGAGCAGUUCAUUCACUCAAAUUUAUCCGAUUCGUGUGAUCCUGUUGCGAAAAUGCCUGUUACCGCCACAAAAGCUGUAAUAACGAGCCGGAUGAUACUCCAAGUGAGCAUAUAUUUAUUUAGGAACAAUUUGUUCCAAUAUUUCGAUUGUCAAUUUGACAAUUUGUUUCAUCUUGUAUCUGUGGUCAAUGUUGCCAAUUCCCGUUAUGACCGAUACCAUGAGAGUAGCGGAAGUGCUAACGAUUUGUAUUGGUUCGACAAUGAUAAAGAAUCUAACGGUACUUCUGACGAGCCAUCUCCGGCGACACAUCCAAGCCGAAAGGACGGUGGAAAGUAUUGUUUUUUGAAGAUGAAGUUAACUGAUGGUCAGAACGUUGUACAUGCGAUUCAGUAUGGAGGAGUUCAAUUCUUGGAUGAAAAGGCUCCUUCUGGUACAAAGAUACUUCUCAUCUCCCGAGUUCUCCUUAGAAGAGGUAUCUUAUUACUGAACUCGUCAAACUGUCAGGUACUUGGAGGAGACUUUGAAAGCGUGCUUCAUUUCCGCGACUGCGAUGGCGAAACAUUAAGCAAUGGAGUGUUGCGUCAAUUGCCUUCUUCGAAAGAGCGGCUGGAAUCCAAAACAGAUCCAAGACAGCCUACCCAAUUUCCAAAAACAAUUUCGAACCUUUCUACAAAUUCUCAUUACCCAAUCCGCAUGCAACGAAUUCCCAACGAGCUACUGCAGAAUACUCAUACGGAGGUGCCUCUCGAAAAUGAACCGGAGAAGUUAAGCAUUGGGAGGCCUGCAGUUGUACCUUCAUUACAAAGCGUUGCUACCACCACAGCUCAUGUUCAUCACAUUGACAGUAGAAAAUCUCAUCACGGUGACAGUUGUGAAGCAUCUCUCUUGGAUGGGACCACCUAUCACCGGUCGCUAGAACAACUACGCCAAAAAAUCAUUCCCCGGAAUUCAUGCAAAAGUGGAAAAGAAGAUCUAUCUUCAUCGAUAUGUGACAGCAUCUUCAUCGCUGAAGAUUCAAAAUCGUCAAGAUACAGUAGUCUAAGAGGUAAUUUCAACACUACAGGAAAUCGAUCGAUAACGGAUUACUUUCAAGUUUCUCGUUCUAAUUUGAAAGAGAUAACAUCGGCAAAAAACAAAAGGAUUGGGAGCAGUUCCAUUAAGAGCAGCGGAGAACAAAACUGUUCAGUCAUGCUUCCCAAUAAAAUCGGUCCAGGAGCUGUCAAGGCAAUGGCUACACAUGCGUCGAGUAUUAUGGGCAUAAACCGUUGCGAUGGCUCCACAGUGCAUGACGACUCAUAUUUAAUCAGUUCAAUUGGAGAUUUUUCGGAUGACCUUUAUCCAACGCAAAAGGACCUUUUAUCUCGAAAUAUUACGCAAAGGACACAGCCAUCAACUGCAGUCGUUACUUACAAACGAUCGCAUUUGAGUGAAGGGAAGGUUACUGGGUCUAAUACGACGGCUGGAUGGAUCAGCUGUAAUGAAAGACUCUUCCAUACAUCGUCUUUUUUUCGACCAUCAAUCAUGGAUAAGCUCAUGGACUUCAAGAUUACUCUGCUUGCGGACGUACUCGCAAAGCGGAAGUUCUGGAUGCUACCGAAAGUAGUGAACGUAAUGGGUGUUUGCUCUAUGCGAGGUGAUUUGACCGCCAAGCACGGGUCAUGGUUAUUAUACGUGGACAUCGCUGAUGAGUCGAUGGACUCACAAAGAUGCGUCGUUUCAAGCCAGCUACUGGAACGCUUACUUGGCUUCUCGGUGAGACAAUGUGAGAAAUUCAGCCGACAAAACAAUACACAUGAACUAUUACUCUGCAAGGAACGUGCAAUAGAGGUGAUGAAGAACAUACAAAGGCUGGAUUUAAUCUUUUCAAUGGAAGUACAUUCUCAGAAAGAGAAGUUACCUUCACUCGUCAAAAUACUAAGCCUUUAUGAAGCGCUUGGCGCUUGA